AUGGAGCAAGGGGAUCGCGUGAAGAAGCGCAUCCAACGUGAGCGAGUGCGGGUCACCAGGGCCUGCGAUCUCUGCAAAAGGCGAAAACUCCGCUGUACCGGUACUAAGCCAUGCUCACUCUGCGUGCAAUCAGGGCGGGAAUGCGAAUACACCGCCGACUACCACAGAGGCAAGGUGCCUUCAAUCCGCCACUUGUCAGAGCACGAAGGGAUUGAUGGCAGGACCUCAUCGCAUCAUGUGGAAACAAACAACCGCUCAAGAGAAGCUGAAGAUACUCAUAACCCCGACUAUUUUCACAUCACGCCAGAGAACCAACAGUCGUAUGCUGACGCGCAAUCCGGCCUCGAGGAUUCCGGGGGGCCUGCGGGAGCCAACAUGAAUAACCGCACUCCCCAGCGUCCACGUCCAACACCUCCACAAACCGUCGGUGACAAUGGGACUUUCAGCCUCGACAGAGAUUUCCGGAUCGAGACCCACGAUCUGGCUCGGUCUUCGCGCAACUCGCCGGAGCCGGCGCAGACUGACCUAGAGGGUCACUAUGUUGGUCCCUCGUCCGGUGUCUCGUUCCUAUUACGUGCUCUGAAGAAACUCCAUGAGAACGUCAGUCGUACAUCUCAGACUCAGAAUUCUUCUUCCAUCUUCAGCUUUGGCGAUGCUCCCCUUCCCCGCUAUGAUCCUUAUUUCCUCGUGCUUCCCACCCGACAAGAAGCCAGGGUCCUCGUUCGCCGCUACUUUGACUUUGCAUUCCCCACUCAUAGGUUUUUGCACCAGCAAACCGUCGAGAUGUGGCUCGAGGGAUUCUACGAUUCUAUCCAGCAUCCAAAACCAUUGGGAAGCGGAGAAAGAGAAAUCAGGGCUGUGCUCCUAAUGGUUCUGGCUCAGGUAAAACAGUAUACUGCUGCUGGAGACGAGUCUUCGAGCAACGCAAUUGACAGUGCUGCUUACUUCGGCGCCUCAGAGCAUCACCUAGCCUCCGAGACUGGUGGCAUUCGAUUAACAAGCAUACAGGCGCGGCUUUCCCAGUGCUUCUAUCUCUUGUCCCAGUCCCGAAUUAACCAUGCUUGGAGUCUGUUCGGCAGUGUUGCUCGCCUCGCAUCAGCUAUCGGACUACAUCGAAGGAAAAGACGAGACAUGGCUUCGGGAGUUGACAUGAUCGAGCAAGAGUGCAAGAAGCGGGUAUUCUGGAGCGCUUAUAGCCUUGACAACUAUCUCAGUGCUGCGUUAGGACGCCCCCGGAGCUUUCAUGAUGAAGAUAUCGACCAGGAACUCCCUGCUUGCGCCAAUGAUUCUGAGAUCACCAGGUCAAAGAUCCUGCCGCCUCCUACGAAUGCGCAGAGUAUUAUGCUGGCACCAGUCUGCCAUGCCAAGCUUUCCAAAAUCAUCAGUGGGAUCUUGAGAGAUCUCUAUGGCAUCAAAAAGAUGAGCCUUGAGGCUUUGGUGGAAGCCGUUGCGCGAUAUGACGGCCGCCUGACAGAAUGGCGGAGCGAGAUCUCCGGCUUCCUCGAUCUUCCCAACGCCGAUCUCAUGGUCGUUGUUUACCAACGACAGUACACGGUCUUGAAUCUUGCAUAUUGCCAUGCCGUGAUUUUGCUCCAUCGCCCCUUUUUGCUGAGAAGGUCGGCGUCUUCAUCGAGUGUCGGGGUCGGUCAAAUGGAGUCACUUCAGACAAAGAUCAACUCUAGCAUUCAAAAGUGCUUACAGGCUGCCUGCAAGAUCAUCUCUAUUCUGCGUGAACUGACUGAGAAGAAUCGAAUGUAUCAUGCAUUUUGGUUUACCCAUUACUAUGUAUUCUCCGCGAUCGUGAUCCUAUAUGUCUACGUUAUACAAAACCACUCUAAAGCAGCUGAUGUUUGGAAACCAUAUCUGGAACUGGGUCAACAGGGUCAACGGGAUCUGUCUGCUUGUGGCACAGGGGUGUCCUUUGCCCAAAGAUAUGUGGUUGUCCUAAGCGAACUUCAAAACGAAGCUCAAAGGUUGAUUCAUAAAGAGCCUCGAUGGAAUCGUUGGACCAAUCGACCCCGGUCGGAAAAGCGUGUGGUACCUUCAGAUCAGCCAGCGUCGACUGACAGGCCAGCAUUGCAGGGAAACACCCCGUUGACACCAGAUAUCGUCCAACCACGCGGUCACGGGCAGCAGCAAGGCCUUGUUGAUGAUUUUCCCCUCCCACGGACUGGAGACCAGGACGCCGAAUAUAACGUCCUCCAGCAGUCAACGACCCCGUCCUUCCUUACAGAUCUCACGGAUUGGGCAGAGUUUGAUUCACUUGCAAUGGCCGGGCUAGGGGAACUUGAACUCUUAUGGUCGACUGAGCGCCUUGACACGGUCGCCUCCCAAGCUGGAGCUCUGGAGCCUGCAAUGGAUUGGAGCGGCAUGCCUCUCCGCCCAAAUCAAUGCUGA